UCUAAGAAAAACUGUAAGAACCUACAACAAAGAUAAAUACUGUAGCUGUUAUCUACACAAUAAGUGACUUGACGUGUUUUACGAGACAUGGCCAAGCCCAUUUUCUCCUGCAUUAAAGACAAGAUGAUAUUCACUUUCAUUUACUUAGGAUCUAUGCUGUCUAUAGGGCUGGAGAAACGUGUCAUGAUUUUUACUGUGCUCAUCAAUUAUUUGUGAACCAGAAUUCAGCAUGUCACAAAGAAAGGAUGCAAAUUUCCAUCAAUCUCAUAAAGACAUCACUAUGGUGAUGCUGGGAAUAAACAACAAAGAUAAGUGUAUGAUAGGCAAUACAAUUGUCAAAGAAGAUUGCUUUGGUGCGGAAAAUGAAACGCAGGCAAGGCUGAAAAAAGUAGAUGAUCAAUCAAUCUACGUUAUCAACACUCCAGAUAAAUUCCAUUGGCUGAUCCAAGAAUCAAAAGACCCCAGAGAAGAGCUGAAGCCAUCAUAUCCAGGUCCACGUGUGUUUCUCUUGGUACUGCAGGGGGACACACUGGCAAAAAAAGAAGCAGAGUUGUUCCACCAACUGAAAGUGAGAUUUGGAGAGACAAUGGUAGAAAACACAAUCAUUGUGCUGGUUAGUGACCGAGAGGAACGUUUAGAGCUAUAUGAGCGAGCUGAUGAGAAACUCAAAAAAGUUCUGGAUGAGUGCAGAAAUAGAGUUUGUAUUCAUAAGAAAAAUAAAGGCAUAAAAGAUCCAGAGCUGAUCAAACAGAUAAUGAAGAAAUGGGAUCAAAUGCAAAAGCGGGGUCAGAAAUCAACCAACACUGCAUUUAGUGAUGACAACAUGAAUGAGACAAUUGAAAAGACGAAGCACACAGAUGAAAAUAAAGGGGAAAAUGAUUGGCCAUCAGCAGGUGAAAACAUCACAGUGUUCUUGCUGGGAAAGAACAACGAUGACAAAUGUCUGAUAGGAAACAUCAUCCUUGGAGAAAAACAAUUCAAGCCAAAAGACUGUGAGAAGAUUAAAGGAAAAGUAGCAGAUACAAAUCUCAUUGUUAUUAAAACUCCAGACUCUCUACACUCAGAUCCAGCUGCUUUACACAGAAUGAAGGAGAUGAACCCAUCAUACACAGGUCCUCGUAUAUUCCUCUUGGUAGUGCAUGAAAAUAAAGAGUAUCAAAAAGAAACAAGAACCCAGCUGAAGAAAAGGUUUGGAGAAAAGAUGGUAGAAAACACAAUCGUUGUGCUGGUUAGUGAUAGGGAGGAAAGUCUUCAAGAGCUAUAUGAACGAGCUGAUGAGAACCUCAAAAAGCUUCUGAAUGAUUUUAAAAAGAGAGUUUGUGUUCACAAGAAGACUCAAGGGAUGAAGGAUCCUGAGCUGAUCAAACAGAUAAUGAAGAUAUGGGAUGAAAUGCAGAAACAGAAUCAGGAGUCAACCAACUCUGCAUCUGAUGAAGACAUCCUGUAUGUGAAUGCUAAUAACACUUUACCGAUGAAGCAGACAGAUGGAAACAAAGGGGAAAAUGCCCAGGCAUCUUCAGAUGAACACAUCACAAUGGUGUUGCUGGGAAAGAACAACAUAAACAAAUGUCAAAUAGGAAACUUCAUUCUUGGGAAAGAGCAAUUUCAGCCAGAAAAACUCACUUGUGAGACAAAUAAUGUAAAAAUAGCAGAUAAGAGUGUUGAUAUCGUCAAUACUCCAUACCCUUUCCACUCAGAUCCAAUGACAGACAGCACAGAGCUGUUGAAGCCAUCAUACACAGGUCGUCGUGUAUUCCUCCUGAUACUGGACGAAAAUAAGGCAUCUUCAAAAGAGUUAGAGAUCUUUACCCAACUGAAGCAGAGGUUUGGACAACAGAUGGUGGAAAACACAAUUGUGUUGUUUAACAAUGAAAAACCCAUUUUCAAAAGUGACUUUCAUAAACAGCUUGUAGAAGAGUGUGGAAAUAGAUAUUGCCUUUACAACAAACACAUGAAAGGCGAUCAACUGGUCAAUCAACUGAUGAAAUACACAAAAGAAAUGAUGGAGAAGAAUCAAGCUUCUAAAUCUGCACAAGAAAGGACAUACAACAAGAUUUCUUCUUUAAAUAUUCCUGAGGAGCCAAUGCUACCACCGACAUCAGUUUAUCAGGAUGAUCAACAGCCGUCAGCAAUGACUGUUAUGGACCGCAGCUUCAUGACCAUUGUGCUGUUGGGACAGACAGGAAGUGGAAAGAGCGCAACAGGAAACACCAUCCUGGGACAGCAACAGUUUGAGUCUCGUGCCAGUUCUGUGCCGACAACAAAGUCUUGCGAUAUAAAAGAAGAAACAGUCUGUCACAUGAAGAUCAGGCUCAUAGACACUCCAGAUUUCUUUAAUGAAGAUCUUAAGAAUCAAGACGAACAGUUACGCUAUUGUAAAGAGCUCAUUCAGCACAGGCCUGUUGUGUAUUUGUUGGUUAUGCAUCUCGGUCGUUUCACAGAAGGAGAGAGAGAGGUUCUGCCACGCUUGCAGAAAGAGUUUGGUGAGGACGUGACUUCAAAAACUGUGAUUCUUUUCACCGGUAAAGAGAAAUUGCAGGAUAAAACUUUGAAAGAUUAUAUCAAUGGAAGUGAUCAUAAACUUCAACAGCUGAUCGGAAGAUGUGGCUCAAGAUGUGUUGCAUUUGACAACACCAAGAAAAACCAUCAACAAGUUAAGGAACUUAUGGAUAUCAUUGGGAAAAUGCAGACAGAUGGAAACACUCCUGCGAAAGUGCCACAACAUCAUAACAAAAAACAAUGUAGAAUAUUGUAAAGACAAAAAUGUGUGGAUGUUAAAUACAUACAUUAAACAAUCAAAUAAUAUCAUGAUAAAUGUCAGUUAUAGGUAUGCUGAUAGUUGUGCUACAGAUAAACCAUACAGGUUAUCUCUUAAUAUUUACUGUACAUUUCUCUGACUCUGAGAAUAGAAGAUAAACAGUGAUUAUUAAAGUUUGAAUCUUUAAAAAUGGCCUUUACAUUUAAAACAUUUCAAAUAAAAAUAUAAAUAAUUUUUAAACUUGCAUUUCCUGAUCAAUUAAAGUUUGGGCCACUAAAUCCUGCUCAUUUUAGUUUUUUCUUAAGACAUUUACUCUCAGUGCUAGAAAAGAUCUUCUUAUAACCAAUAUUAAAAUAUUUAGGAAAACACUAAUUUAAAACAUAUAUCUUGUUUUUAACCAAGUGGCAAAUAUCGAUAGCCUAGAGCUACAACAAUAGUAGGGGUGAGCGUGGCACAAACUAACGCAGGGUUAACUUAUUUGUAACACAGCUACUUUACAUAUUUCUACAGGGCCGAGGAAUCCGCGCUUUUACUGUCAGAUGAUCUCCUAUGAAUUUGUGAAAAUAUUUCAUGUGUUUUUUUUUUUUUUUUUUGUUAAGAUAUUGAAC